AAGCAAACAACAACGAACAAUCUCCUUCAAAACAUUACCAAAUUCACAUAAACUUUCUCUUACAAAACCAAUCUUUCAAAAAAUGGAAGCUACACUCAUCUCUUCAUCGGCUUCAGUUUCUCCACUCCGGUUCCAUCCCUUGGUGUUUUCCUCUAAUAAAACGAUGACGUGGAGGACACAUAAUAAGAUGAUGAGCGUUUCUGCUGCUGCGUCUUCUGGAAAAGACCAUUACUACGGAGGUGGGAGAUUAGUGGACGAGAACAUGAUCGUUUUGAGGAAACGUAUCCACGAGAUGAAGAUGGUUGAGCGAAACUACGAGCCUCCUUCUCAUUGGAUGGAUUGGGAGAAGCGUUUCUACAGCAGCUAUGACUCUGUGAUCUGUGAUUCCGUUGGUCUUCUCCAGAGUUUCCUUAUGAAUUCUCGUCCCAGCGUUGCAAUCGCAACGGUGCUUCUCCUCCUAGUGAGCGUUCCAGUUUCCUCCUCUGUUUUAGCGUUUCGUCUCCUUGACCUACUCCAAUGGGUUCUUGUUGCCGCAACAUCUGGCCACGUGGGGUGAUCUGCUUGGCCCGUUUUCCAUUUUUAUUGGUUAUGAAUACAGAAUACUGUAUAUACACAUAUUCUUUUUUAUUAUUUAUCUGAUUGUUACUUUAGCUUAAGAUAUAUAAUUUUCGAAUCGUGUUAUUAAUUUAUUCUUUUUUUAAUGAAUGUAAAAUUUAUUCAAUCAAAAACUUCUCUUAC